AUCUAGUAAUACAACAACAACUAUCAACCGAAGCGACUCGGAUGCUAGCGAAGGAAAAGCAAAUGAGCAAGAAAUGUGUUCACACAAGCAGAACGAAGGCGAUUAUAUAAUAAAUUGCAAAGACUGUAGUAAAUUAUCUGUAGAAGUAGCAGAAAUUAAAUUGGACUUGGCAUUAUUAUUCCUAAAAGUUAAUACUGUUGAAGCUCCCGCUACAUGUGAAUGCAAUCGGCUACGAAACGAAAAUCAGCUAUUGAAACAAGAAAUUAAAUUAUUCAAGGAAACACUGCACGGCAUGGAAUUGUCAAAAUCGCCAAUUAACAUUGCUAUCGAUAAUAUGAAUAAUCAACCAACCAUCACUGACAAUGACUCUGUUAUACUAAUUGAUAUAGAAGAAUCUGAAGUUAAC